AUGACCUCGCGCCUCGACCGGUUGUUGCUCCUACUCGACAAUGGCUCGUCCCCUUCAAUAAGGCAUACCGCUGCACGCCAAAUAGGCCAGCUUGCCGCCAAGUCACUUCCUCGUGAUGCUCCUGUUGCAGCAACUGUUCAGAUCAAGGUGGAGGCCGGAGUUGAAGAGCUGAAAUCGACCUCAGCGGAUGUAUGUUAUGGACGUGCUUCAGAAGAUUGGUCCGAGGCUCUUUCUGUUGUUGGAAUGCUUCUACCAUACCUGCGUUCAAAAUCAUCUGAAACUCGGUCAGCCGCCGCCUUGGCGCUCUCACACAUUUGUUCUUUUCUUCCUCUAUGGUCUCCAUCGCCUUCAAACGGCCCGACAGAUCCUAUGGAUGUGGACACAUCUGAGCCACCUACAUUUCCGUCUUUUGAUCUCCCUUCCCUCUUGUCACACGGGAAACUUUUACUUGCUUCUGAAGGCAAAGAGUAUGCCGCUCCCUCCCAUCCUGCCGAUCUCGCUCGCGCGCGCAAGGAUGCCAUGUCUCGCCUUGGGCUAGACUUUCUGCAAGAUGUAGGAGGCGGAGACGACAUGGACUGGGAGCGAGAAUUAGCUGCUGGCGAAACAAAGUCUGAAGCCACGAGUGAGCCGGCAAGACCGUCACCUACACCCCCGGCGCCUAUUCCAGCACCUGCACCCGUUGCUGCUCCAGUACCAGUGCCAACGCCAGCACAGGCACCAGCGCCCGUAUCUGCUCCAUCACCAGCACCCAUACCAGAAGAAGAUUUAAGCGGGCUAUCGGCAAGAGAACGUAACAGAUUGAAGCGUAAACGCAAGCCAGGAAACGGUGCGUUUGUUACCGCCGCCAACUCGGCCCCUCCUACAGGGAAUGGGCAAUCGGAAGCCAGUGGUGGAAAACGAUGGCCCCAACCCCAACGUGUUCACUCUAUCUCUAAAGCACCUGCCCACGUCUCCCCAACUCCCACUCCAUCGACGACUGCUAGCAAACUCCCGGAUGACAGCAAAGUUAUUAUUGACCCUUCCAAAGGUGGCCAAGUAACCGCCAAGCAAGAAGCUACAAGUGCAACUGUAAUCAAGGCAAAUGAGGGAGAGUGGGUAUGGGGCGGAAUUGUGCGCGUGUUGGAAUUGGAUUUGUUCAGCCCAAUGUGGGAAGUGAGACACGGGGCAGCAAUGGCUUUGCGGGAAAUCGUCAAGGUGCAAGGCGGAGCGGGUGGAAUGAAAGUUGACUUGCCUUGUCACGAAAAUGCAUUGCUACACGAAGCCUGGUGCAAUGCACUUGCUGCCAAGUUUCUGGCCGUCUUUGUUCUCGAUCGAUUUGGAGAUUUUGUCAGUGAUCAGGUUGUUGCGCCAGUCCGAGAAACUGUAUCCCAAUCUCUUGCGGCUCUCCUCUUGCAUAUGCCCCGCCGUUCUGUCCUCCAUGUCCAUUCGAUUUUGCUUCAGAUGAUUGGACAGGGUGGUUCAAAGCCCAGCCAGGAUGAGAAACCCGCCAAGACUAGAAUAAAUGAAUCCAAACACGCUACCCCAGGCGUAGUAUGGGAGGUCAGGCAUGCAGGGUUGCUAGGACUCAAGUAUGAAGUCGCCGUGCGGCGUGAUCUAGUCGAUACAUCGCGGGAAGAUGCUAGGGAUAUUUUGCAAGGAGUGGUUGACGCCGCCCUCAUCGGGCUCGAGGACAACGAUGACGACGUCCGUUCGGUAGCCGCAUCAUGUCUAGUUCCAAUCGCAGUGGAGAUCGUCGCCCGUUUACCUGAUGCUGUACCGGGCGUACUUGGAGUCCUAUGGGCAUCCUUGCAAGACAUGAAAGACGAUUUGGGGUCAAGUGUAGGUGCGGUUAUGGAUUUGCUGGGUGCUCUGGUCUCUCUUCCAAGCGUCAUCGAAAUUCUAUCUGAUCCGACCCGCUCUCGUCCGCUCUCAACUCUUGCACCAACCCUCUAUCCGUUUUUCAGACACACAAUCCCUGGCGUCCGCCUUGCAGUUGUCAACACACUGCGUACCUUUCUGGGCUCAUGCGGCAGGUCAUCCAUUGCUAAACUUGAAAAUCUUAAGCUUGAAGAAGGAAUCGCUAAAUCUGAUCCCGAUUCUCAAGUUAAAAUCGAAAAUGGGGCCGAUCCCGUAGCUCUCUCCCGCGAUUGGAUUACCCGGCCCGUAUUUGAGCUUCUAUUCCAGAAUCUCAUACUUGAAGAAAAAGAUGAUAUUCGGCGUGCAACAUUACAGGUAUGGAAUGUUGCGGUCGCAAUCGUGAGCGAGAACGCGAACCCAGAUCCCAACGAAGGUGGAUUACCCUAUCUUGUCCAUGAAGUGGUAUACAACUGGCUGUGCUUGCUGGCUACUGUAGUUGGCGAACCACUCAAUCCUGCUUACUUCUUCCACCCUGCACGGAAGGGCGAUGAAGGGCAUAACGUCGAUAAGAAUGCAAUGCAGCAAGAUUUGAGUCUGCUAGGGUUGGACGUUGUAUAUCGUGGACGACUAGAGGCUGCCAAGGCAAUAGGUACGCUAAUAGCGGCCUGGCCCGUUGAUCUUCAUCAUCAUACGUUUGGCGAGCUCCUAAUUCAUUUUAUCAAUUCUACCAGUGCCUACCAGCGUUUCAUUGCUGCAACAAUCGUUCAGGAAUGGGCACUCGCUCAACCAACUAUCAAUGGAACUCCUCUAGCCAAGGCUUCUCCUCUUGCAGGACAAUGCUCGACAUAUCUUCUUGCCUUCCUAGAAAAGGAUUUCCCUGCCUCCUAUCAUGAGAUGCUCGUACACCUUCGUGGACUCGCGGUCGACUGCCGUACGUUGCUUAAUUCCUUCGCCGACGAUGCCAAGGUACCAGCCUCCAAAAUUCCCACAAUGCCCGACCGACUCGACCCCGAGGGGGCUGAAGAAGGGACGUUUACCCUCGCGUAUGUUCAACGCUUUGUCGGAGAAAUAUUCGACGGGCUCAAAACGAGUAUCCCUCGCGGGAAAAAGAAAGAAAUUGCGGGACUGGAAGAAAAGAAGUCGAGGAUUGUGUUUAGCAUUGAGCGGUACGGUGUCGUCAAAGGCCAAUGGGAUACAAGAGUGUUUGCGGCAGUAGCAGCCACAUUGAUCUUUUUGCGGGUACAUCCUGCCAAACUGAACCCCCUUGUGAGGAGCAUCAUGAAUGGAGUCAAGUUCGAGGAUAACCUGGACAUUCAAAUCCGCUCCGCCAACGCCGUUGCUACAUUUGUUUCGGACUGCACGACUCCCUCGACUGGCCUGGUUGUAAUGCCAGCCGAGAAAAUCGUCAAGAACCUGUGCGCGUUUGUGUGCCAAGAUACCGAAGUUACACCUGUGUUCUCUCAAUCGCGCCGGGUACUAUCCGGUGUCCUCACCGUCAAAUCGAUGUCUGCCAAGGUAUCCCAAACCCACGGUCGCAGCAAGGAUGAAGGAGCGGCCGAACUACCGGAGAUGACCAAAGCACGAGUUAUCAAGCGUGGUGCGCAGCUAGCACUCACUCGUCUCGGACAGCUCUUCGGUGCCGAACUUUUCACCCGUCUGAAGCAAAUGUGGGAUUCGAUGGUUGGCGGACUGAUGUAUGCGUUUGGAGAAGGAUCGGACGGAGACAAGAAGAUUGAGAAAUCUGACGAAGCAGGGCAGCAGGCUAUCGAUAGUCUCACCGUUCUUCAUGUCGUCGUCCCGAGUUUGGAUGAAUCUUUGCAUGACAGAGUUGCCGAGCUCUUCCCGGUAGUUGCCCGUUCGCUCCGUAGCAAAUUCGCGCUUGUAAGGCAGGCCGCGGCUCGCUCGCUCGCUACGCUGUGUAAUACCGUCACAACCAAGGGUAUGCGAUUUGUCGUUGAGCAUGUAUUACCCUAUUUGGGCGACACAACCAUUUUGGAGAACAGACAGGGCUCAAUGGAGCUGAUCUACCACAUUGUACAAAAGCUCGAUAUGAAAGUUCUUCCUUAUGUGCUGUUCCUCAUUGUGCCUGUGCUUGGGCGAAUGAGUGACAAUGACAAUGACUGUCGUUAUGUUGCAUCAAAUACUUUCGCUUCGUUGGUGCGAAUGGUACCCCUAGAGGCCGGUUUGCCAGACCCACCGGGCUUCUCCCAAGAGUUGCUAGCCAAGCGAGAGACUGAGCGAGAAUUCUUGACUCAACUCCUCGAUGGCUCCAAAGUCACACCAUAUGAAAUACCUAUCAAGCUUAACGUUGAGCUGCGCAAGUAUCAACAAGAGGGUAUCAACUGGCUUGCAUUCCUCGCCAAGUACCAAUUACAUGGCAUUUUAUGUGACGACAUGGGCUUGGGUAAAACGCUUCAGUCUAUUGUUAUCCUCGCCAGCAAGCACCACGAACGAGCGGAACGGUACCGGGAAACGCGAUCCCCAGAUUCCGUACACAUACCGUCACUCAUCAUCUGCCCCACGACACUUACGGGCCAUUGGUAUGCCGAGAUUGUCAAGUACACAAACAACUUGAAGGCACUUCGCUACGUGGGGACGAGCCGCGAGCGCCAAAGAUUGGUCGAUCAGAUACCACGUCAUGAUGUGGUGAUUGCUUCUUACGAUUCGGUACGCAAUGAUAUCGCAAACCUCACGCAGUUCAACUGGCACUACUGCAUCUUGGACGAGGGUCAUCAAAUCAAGAACGGUAGGACCAAAAUUACACAGGCUGUCAAGAUGAUCAACGCCCACCACCGGUUACUACUCUCCGGGACACCCAUCCAAAACAACGUCCUGGAAUUAUGGAGUCUUUUUGACUUUUUAAUGCCAGGGUUCCUUGGGACGGAACAGCAGUUCAACCAACGGUUCGGUAAGCCUAUCCUAGCAAACAAGGACGCAAAGGCUCCGGCAAAGACCCGAGAAGCAGCAACUCUGGCUCUGGAAGCACUACACAAACAAGUGCUGCCUUUCCUACUUCGCCGGCUCAAGGAACAGGUACUCAAUGAUCUACCUCCGAAAAUUAUCCAAGAUCACUACUGUGAACUGUCUGAAAUGCAAAAGCACUUAUAUGAUGCAUUUUCCCAGUCUCAGGCUGGGGACAUGACUCAAGGCAUGGUCAAAGCUAACGGUUCAGCCAAUGCCAACCAGCAGCAUGUGUUCCAAUCACUGCAGUACCUACGAAAACUGUGUAACCAUCCUACUUUGGUAGUCAAGGACGCCUCCGAUGAAGCAGCACUUAUUGGCCGCUUCGCAAUCAAAGGGGAAACGAAUGCCAAGGGAAUACGCGAUAUACGACAUGCACCCAAGCUACUCGCUCUAAGACAACUGUUGAACGAUUGUGGUAUAGGUGCUGCAUUCAGCGAAGACGGCGAAACUCUUAAAUCUGGAGAAGAUACUGACCCAAUCUCUUCGCAACACCGAGUCCUCAUAUUCUGUCAGAUGCGACAAAUGUUAGACAUUAUUGAAGAAGACCUUUUCCGACCACUCAUGCCUAGCGUCACCUAUAUGAGGUUGGAUGGGUCUACCCCAGCUAACCAGCGCCAUGGGGUUGUCCAAACAUUCAAUUCGGAUCCCAGUAUUGACUGCUUGCUCCUCACCACUAGCGUUGGUGGACUUGGACUUACCCUUACUGGCGCCGACACGGUAAUAUUUGUGGAACACGACUGGAAUCCAAUGAAAGAUCUUCAAGCUAUGGAUCGCGCUCACAGGCUAGGGCAGAAAAAGGUAGUUAAUGUGUACCGGUUGAUCACCAAGGGAACCUUGGAGGAGAAGAUAAUGGGUUUACAACGAUUCAAAUUGAAUAUUGCCAACUCAGUGAUCACCCAGCAGAAUUCGGGACUUGCCUCGAUGGACACUGAUCAAGUACUUGACUUAUUCAAGCGCACCACGGAAGAAGAAGACGCAGCGGCAGCAGCGAAGAAACGGGAGGAAAAGAAAGCCGCUGCUGGAGGCCCUAUUUCGCAGAAGCAUAUUCUCGAGGGCCUCGAAGAUCUUCCUGGCGAAGAUGAAUACUCGAAUCUCGGUCUAGAUAAUUUUAUGGACUCCCUUAAGCAGCGCUAA